GGUAAAUUUUUGCUCCAGCAGAGUUCACGCCGCGAAUAUAUAGCAUAUAUAGGAAGACUCAUACCGCAGCUAACGGAGGACAUAUGUCAUAUAUGUCAAAUAUGUCAUAUUUACAUCAUGAUUGGCCGUAUUAGGAACGCCGCAGUUAACUGAGUCACCGAGUCACGUAAUUCCAAAUAUUCUAUAAAUAUCUAGAUUAGAAGAUCCCCAUAACAAUAAAAAUUUUUUUUUUUCGUUUUAGCCGAGGAUUCUUAUUUGGAAAGCCCCCAUCCAGUACAACAAGAAAAAUUUUUCUUGCUUCUGAGAGAAUUUUUAGGCUACAACACUUCACUAUAGAGUAGAAAUGAGUCAAGCGGCAGCAGCAGCGGACGCAACUGAUAGGAACGUAGAAAUAUGGAAAGUUAAAAAAUUGAUCAAAAGUUUGGAAGCUGCUAGAGGGAAUGGUACUUCUAUGAUCUCUCUCAUCAUUCCACCCAAAGAUCAAAUUUCCCGAAUUGCUAAAAUGUUGGCAGAUGAAUACGGUACAGCUUCCAACAUUAAAUCUCGUGUAAAUCGUUUAUCUGUGUUGGCUGCGAUCACCUCAACACAACAGAGAUUGAAAUUAUACACAAAAGUUCCGACCAAUGGUCUCGUAGUUUACUGCGGUACAAUUGUUACUGAAGAAGGAAAGGAAAAAAAGGUUAACAUUGAUUUUGAACCUUUUAAACCUAUCAAUACUUCUUUGUAUCUAUGUGAUAAUAAGUUUCACACGGAAGCUUUAUCCGAAUUGCUCGAAUCGGAUAACAAAUUUGGAUUUAUUGUUAUGGAUGGUAAUGGGGCCUUGUUUGGUACCUUGAGUGGUAACACGAGAGAAGUCAUUCAUAAAUUUGCUGUCGAACUACCAAAGAAACACGGUAGAGGUGGUCAAUCCGCUUUACGUUUUGCACGUCUCCGUGAAGAAAAGCGACACAACUAUGUUCGAAAAGUCGCAGAAUUAGCAGUUCAGUUCUAUAUCACUAAUGAUAAGGUUAACGUCACCGGUCUGAUUCUUGCCGGUUCUGCUGAUUUUAAGACUGAAUUAUCUCAAUCAGACAUGUUUGAUAAUCGUCUCCAAACCAAGGUUAUCAAACUAGUGGAUGUUUCUUAUGGAGGUGAAAAUGGUUUUAAUCAGGCCAUUGAACUUGCUGCUGAGAGUUUAGCUAAUGUCAAAUUCAUUCAAGAAAAAAAACUCAUCCAAAAAUAUUUUGAUGAGAUUUCUCAAGAUACUGGUAAAUAUUGCUUUGGUGUUGAUGAUACUUUAAAAGGCUUGGAAUUGGGUGCUGUAGAAACUCUGAUCGUUUGGGAAAAUUUGGAUACUACUCGUUAUGUUUUAAAGAAUUCUGCUGGUUCUGAAGUCGUUGUCCACAUGACUAAAGAACAAGAAAAGGAUCGAGCUCUUUACACCGAUAAAGAAACAGGCUCGGAAAUGGAAGUAGUUGACAGGACGCCACUUUUGGAGUGGUUCGCAGAUCAUUACAAAGAUUUUGGUGCCAAUUUGGAAUUUGUUACUAAUCGUUCUCAAGAAGGUUCUCAAUUUGUUAAGGGCUUUGGUGGCAUUGGCGGUUUACUCCGUUAUAAGGUCGAUUUUGAUACAUUAAACUACGACAGUGAAGAAGACGGUUUUUAUUCUGAUUGACAAUAUACUCUUGAUCAUCCAAAAAGAGGCGUAGAGGGGACAGCGGUCGGCUGCGUCCCGGCCGUGGGGGGUGUGAUACAUGGAGAUGCUGUCGUUUGCAAAUAAGAUAAUUGGGAACGGAUUAAACGAAUAUUUGUUAGCGAAAAAAAACAACCCCCCAAAAAAAAUUGGUUUUGGAUUCGGCCAUUUGUUAAGAUGAAGUGCUCCUUGAAUGGUAUUUAAGAUGAAA